AUGGCCGACAAGAAAGAAUCCGCCGUCUACACACAUGGCCAUCACGCCUCUGUUCUACGGUCUCAUACCUGGAGAACGGCAUUGAAUUCCGCAGCCUAUAUUCUUCCACAUCUCAAGCCAGACAUGAAAGUGUUAGAUAUAGGCUGUGGUCCAGGUACCAUUACCGUCGACCUGGCGAGCUACGUUCCUCGGGGUUAUAUCACAGGGCUAGAGAGUGCUGAAGGAGUACUCACCCAGGCUCGAGCUCUAGCUGAGGAAAAGGGCGUCAAGAAUAUUGAUUUUGUCGUAGGAGAUGCGAAUGGACUUGCCUACGAAGACCAAAGCUUUGACGUUGUCAUUUGCCAUCAAGUGCUACAGCAUGUCCGCGACCCCAUCGGUAUUUUAAAAGAAAUGUAUCGAGUGGCGAAAGUGGGUGGCUUUGUGGCUGCACGAGAAUCUGACUAUGGUGGAUUUGUUUGGCACCCUAGCAUCGAUGGACUGUCAGAAUGGAGCAAUCUAUACGAUAGAGUUACGAGAAACAACGGCGGUGAGCCCAAUGCCGGUCGCAUGCUUCAUUCUUGGGCGCGACAGGCUGGCCUCGCCGACGUCAAAUGUAGUUCAAGUACAUGGUGCUACAAUACAAAGCAAGAGAUAGCCUGGUGGAGUGAUUUGUGGGCGGAAAGGAUUGUCGCCUCUUCGUUUGCAACAACAGCUAUUGGUGCUAAGAUUGCCACCAAAGAUGGCCUCAAGCACUUGGCUACGGUCUGGCGGAAAUGGGGCGAUGAGGAAGAUGCUUGGUUUAAUGUCCUUCACGGGGAGAUCAUAGCGUAUAAGCAUUAG